AGCUUUGUUUUCUGAAGAUCUACCGGAAAUAGCUCCUCACGUGGCGCGUUUAAGUCGUAGGUGUUGGGAACCUCCGCUCCGGUCCGAACCAUACAACUUCCAAGAGUAGAGAAACAAAUCAUCAAAAUUCAAUUCAAAACACUCUCCAAGAAGUCUGACCUUUGAAGUUUCCAACGAGAUACCCUACGCCUAAUCGCGCGCUUUGAUUCCUCAGUCAUUGCAAGUAUUGAAUCAGGUUCUUUCCUCCUUUUCUUUAUUCAUAAACUCACUCGUCACUAGAUUUGGCUUCUCAAAAGUCUUUCUGAAGAAGAAGAAGAAAUGAUGGAUUUGCAAAAAAGAAGGGUUCGAAUUCUCGUAUUCGUUGUUGGUUUGAUUGCUCUCAGUAUUACAGCUGAAAAGUUUCGGCUGCUGGUUGGAGAAGAGUCUUCAUCCCAAAGUGGGAAGUUUACUAUCUUAAACUGCUUUGACAUGGGAAGUGGUAGUGUAGCUUGUGGAGUUAAGGAGGGUGUAAAGCUCUAUUUCUACAGCAUCAGGUCUAAACAUGUUGAGGGAGCAAGGUUCAAGGCACUAGAAACUGCAUUAGCAGAUGCAUUAUCACAGGGACUUGAUGCCACAGCUGCAGCGAAGCUAGCAGAAAAAGAAGGAAAAAAAGCAGCGAAGUUGGCAUCCCAAAAGGCGAAACGCAUUAUAGGUCCUAUCAUUUCUUCAGGCUGGGAUUUCUUUGAAGCAAUUUAUUACGGAGGAACCGUAACAGAAGGUUUCUUGAGGGGCAGCGGGACGUUGGUUGGAGCUUACGCAGGAGGGUUCCUUGGAGAACAAAGGCUAGGGAAGUUGGGCUAUCUGGCAGGAAGUCAUUUGGGCAGUUGGACUGGGGGAAGGAUAGGAUUGAUGGUAUAUGACAUCCUCAAUGGAAUUCAUUAUUUGGUUCAGUUUGUGCCAUCAGAAGAUAGCACCAUCAAUGAGUACGAGAACACUGAAUCUGCAUAUAGUGAUUCUUACACCACCGAAGAAACCCCAACUUAUGAUGAUCUUUGAAGCAAGACUUUUGCAAGUUGCUAUAUUGAAAUUUUAAUCAAGAUUCUUUCUGGUUUUCCUCCUGUAAUUAAACAUAGUUUUACAAACUCUUAACUUACAAUUGAAUUUGAUGAAUUCUUUCUAUAAAAAUGUCUGGUAGCAACUCAA